CUCAAUGAAAAAAGCAUCUAAUAGCACUUGGCAGACAAGGCAAUAUUUUUUUUUUUUUAUGUCCAGGAUAGCGUACAAGUAAAUAAAGCGCACGUGAAGUGGGCGGGAAAAUUGAUUCAGUGUUGAUGAACGUUGAGCGGCAAAAGACACAGCACACACCACGAUGUUUUAUUCCCAACUCUUCAUCUCGAAACGGGGCACAUUGGCCAAGAUCUGGCUGGCAGCCCACUGGGAGAAGAAAAUAACCAAAGCACAUGUGUUUGAAUGUGACCUGGAGGCCACCAUCAAAGAAAUCCUAUCCCCCCUGAUUAAAAUUGGUCUGCGAACGUCAGGUCACCUUCUUUUAGGAGUUGUCCGGAUAUACUCAAAGAAGACCAGAUACCUUCUCUCAGACUGCAGUGAUGCGCUGGUCAAAAUUAAAGUGGCUUUCCGGCCAGGACAGACAGACCUGCCUGAGGUUGCGAUGGAGGCCACGUUAAAAGCUAUCACUCUACCAGAAGACUUUACUGACUUUGACACUCAGCUACCUGAUCUCAACACCAUUGAUGUGGUAGACCACUUCUCUUUGAAUCAGUGCCGCACUGAAGAUAUUACUCUCAAAGAGAACUUUGGGAACCACUUUCUCACCAUCGAGGGAAUAGGGGAGGAAAUCCAGUCUUAUCAAGGAUUGUUUGAUCAGAGUUUCAGUGUCCAUGGCGACUGCUUUGGUGAUGAGGAAAUGGCUGUCGACCUCAUCGAUUUUAUAGCGAGUAAUACUGAGGAUGCUCUGAUGCCUGAUUUCUAUGCGAACACUCCUGAUGAAUUACCAGCUACACCUCCUCCAACUGCUGUCGGUGCAGGAGACUCAGAGUCCGUGCAACCAGAACUUUCCCGUUUAAUGGGUAGGAGCAGUCCAGCCAUGACUGAGACAACUUUCUUGGUAAAUGCAGAGGAAGGUUUCGCUCUUGCACCUGUUGCUGUUACACCAUCUUCAACAAGGAAAAGAGUGGCGAGGAAGAGAAAGCUGGUGAUUGACCGGUCAAAGGAACUAACUGACGAUGCCAUUAGAGAUCAACUGGCUGACUGCUCUGGCCUUUUAACCCCUUUGGAGAUAGCCCCACCCACUCGGCAGCUCAUGGAGUGGAGGGCGAAUGGAGGGGUGAAGCAGCUGUUCUCAAGUUUUUGCCUUCCACUUUUACACCCUGACUUAAAGCAGCUGUUCCCUUGUGAAAUAUCACCUAGGAGACAGGGCUUGGGUGGAGGAGCGAGACAGCAGACUGACCCCGAGGAGACGAGAGAGCAAACUAGAGAGGCGGUCGGGGAGAACACUGCUGGGCCGGUGCUGGAUGACUGGAGUUUGCUGCAAGAGUUUGUUGUUCAAGAUCAAGCAGAAGAUGCAAACACUACUGUAGAACCUUCUGUCACUCAUCCAGAACCUCCAACUACCUGGAACACCACCAGUGAGGAGAGUAGGUUGGAGGUGUCGUAUCCAGAGCCUGUCUCCGAGAUCUCCAUGUUUGUUCAUCCAUCUGUAGAGAUGAGGGAAACCCCACUGAUGACACAGACUCAGUCAGCUCUAAACAGCCAGGAUGUGGAGGAUAAGAGACUGACCAGUCGAGCACAUGACCUCUUUCAGGCCCUCAAAAGACAAGACUCUUCUCCCAAUGCCGUGUACAGUCUUCACGCUUUGUGUGAGAGCAGAAGUCGUUCAUGUGUGGCAGCCAUGUUUUUCUGCUUGCUGGUGUUAAGGAAACAACAAAUCCUCAACCUGCACCAGAGCUCCCCAUACAGUGACAUUAUCGCCACACCUGGGCCUCUCUUUCUUUCCCUCUAGAACAGGUAGCCAUGAAGCCAUGGAGGGAAAAUCAUCUGAGGCUUUGACUCAUUAAAGGGCUUUGCUGUGUCAUAUAUGUUCUGAGGUGGAAGCAACUUUGAUGAAUUUCAGGUUUUUUUUUUUUUUUUAGAAAUUUAGUGGUGUUAUGAAUCCCUGAGGAGACCUGCUUAACACAAUGAAAUGCAUCUUUAUAGUGUUCUACUGUUUCUAAAAAACUAAAUAUAUAUAUAUGUGUGUGUGUGUGUAUAUAUAUGUGUAUAUAUAUAUAUAUAUAUAUAUAUAUGUAUGUUGUACUCUAUGUGAGCUUGGCUAUGGCAGAAUCGUACCGUAGAACAGCACUCAAUGCAGUGAAUUAUCUGGGUCAAAUGAUCAUUAAUAUGAUCGUUUCAGUUUAACAAAUUUAAUGAUCUAAGUAAAUUAACAUUUGUUCAUUACUGAAAAGUGAGUUGCAAUAGCUUGAAAGUCGAGCAUGUAUAGUCUUUUCUUCCUACAGUUUAAUGUAGUAAUAGUUAAGUUUUUAAAACAGUUCUGCUCAAUGUUGGUUAUGUUGAUCUGUAUUUUCUUUUCACCCGAUCCUUAAAAAACAAUAAACGUACAAAUCAAAUAAAUAAGUACCGUUAAAUAUUGCAAAA